GCGCAUUUCCUGCCUGCCCCAGCGAGAGAGAGAGAAGGGAAACUCAAUUUUUCCUGGCUGCUGCUCCUGCCAGAUUCGAUUCGGGAGGACAAAUUAAAGUGGAAAAUGUGAAAUGUGUUCGCUAUAAUUGUCGCAGAUAAAUCAAUUCCGUUGUUAAUAAGAUUACGGACGGAGACCUGGUGAAGAGUGCCUGCCAGAGUGCCGGACGGGGAGGUGGAGCAGGCGAAAAAGGCAAAUCAAAAGCAAGCCGUGGAAAAAUUCCCGAACUCGUGUGUGUCCCGUGUCCGUGUGGGUGUGGGUGUCAGUGGCAGUGUGUGUGUGUGUUUGUGCGUGGCUUUUUCGCUUUUAUUUUUUCAUGCGCAAUUUGGGUUACAAAGCGAGAAAAACGCUGCUUAAAAUGCAUUAAAAUGUUUUAGGCACACGGGGGCUUCAUUGAUUUUCCUACGCACAGAAGUAUGUUACACAAAGCCGCCAGGCCACUCGACGGGAACAAGCACGAAGCUGAAACUAAAGCUGGAAGUGGAAGUGGAAGUGGAACUGUAGCCGACUCUGAGGUCCCGGAACAAAGAAGGCAGGACAACGAUGAGGACAAAGACUCGAAGUAGCUGCUCCUAGGCGGCUCCAACCACCACAACCACAUCAGUAGCAGCAGCAGCAGCAGCAGCAGCACAACAAAGAUACAGAUACUUUUCAUAAUUUCUUAAUUAUUUUUGCGUUUUCCGCUGCGCGAUAUUUGGUUUUCACCCGAUUUCCCCCGCACUGGUUAUGUAAGGGGUGUGUGUUUACUCCUCGCUGAGCAAAACAUUCGUCGGGUAGUCUCCGCAAUGCAAGUAAAGGCAUAGGAAAGUCAAGGUCGCCACCCCAACCACCCCGUUACUGCAGCCGGGGGGGCCAUGUAGACGCGACAAUCGAAAAACAAAUCCAAUUGUCGAAUCAAGCACUGAAGCGUAUAGAAAAUGAACAGCUGGGGAAUGAGAAUGGAUGCCACCUGCCCAAGGGAGCACAAUGCCACAGCGACAGCUGAGGCAGAGUGGCACUGGAUAGCCGACCCCUGGCUGGAUUUGUACCCCAGCUAUCUGCAGAACCUGCAGGCCGUCACGGACCUGGCCAGCUGGGCGAAUCAGCAGAGCCGUCAUGUGGCGAACACCCUAGCCCAGGAUCACAUCUUCGUUGGCGUACUCCAGGUCUCCCUGCUCCUCUUAUUCCUCUACCUGAUGUACCAGCUCCAACAGUGGAGCAGCCGGAGCCCGGAGGAGCCGCCCAGCGUCACGGCCACAGCCGACGUCACGAAGCAGUUGAUCUGCGAGUUCAACUUUGUGUCCGAGCAGGAGAAGCGCGCCGCCCAGGAGGCGGAAACGGAGGCCUUGCUCGAGGUGGAGGAGAAAAAGCGUCGCAAGAGGUUCACCAAGAAGCGCGUCUGCGUCUCAGCCGGGCCCGUUCUCAUCGCAAUCCGCCAGCAGUCGAGGCGUCCCAAACCACAUAGACACCAGGCCUUGGUCUUCGAGCCAAUCUCUCCGAUGGAGCGUGUGCUGGAGAACUACCUUCCGCCGAGAGAGCAGCCAUUGACCUUCAGGCUUACCCAGCAGGAGGCUGUCCCUGUUCCUGCGAGGGAGGAAGAAACAACGGAGCUUCCAGAGUUCAUUUCGGAGCCACGCGGUACUCUGAGCACGACAGACGAGAUCUACCCUGACUCGUCGGACAGCAGCCUGUACGUGUCGGACGAGGAGCAGGAGGACGCCUCUCAGUAUUGCCGCGGCGGCUACCAUCCGGUGGUCAUCGGCGACAUAUUCGACAAUCGGUUUCGAGUUGUCCGCAAGCUGGGCUGGGGUCACUUCUCCACCGUCUGGCUGUGCCGGGAUCUCAAGGACGAGAAGUACGUGGCUCUCAAGGUGGUGAAGAGCGCCCCACACUACAUCGAGACGGCCGCAGACGAGAUCCGCCUGCUGGAGGCCAUCCGGGACGCGGAUCCGCUGGACGUGAAGCGGGAGCGCAUCGUGCGGCUGAUGAAUCACUUCACUGUGCGCGGCGUGAACGGGAUGCACACGUGCCUGGUGUUCGAGGCGCUCGGCUGCAGCCUGUACAAGCUGAUCGUGAAGAACAACUACCAGGGACUGGCCAUCGCCCAGGUGCGCAACAUCAUCAAGCAGGUGCUCGAGGGUCUGGACUACCUGCACAGCAAGUGCAGCAUCAUCCACACGGACAUCAAGCCGGAGAACAUCCUCCUGGUGAUUGACAAUGCCGCAGCGAUGAACCAGCAAAUCGACGACGAGAUCAACAGUCUGCGCGUGAAGGGAGCCGACUUCCCCGACUCGUACAUCAGCUCCAUCGAGAAACAGACCAAGACGCGGGCCAAGUGGCCACUGAUCGAGCCUAACGGAUCGACUAACACCAACACGAACACUAGCAACAGCACGGGCAACAACUCGACCUCUUCGACGCCGCUGGCAGCGGUGGCCAUGUCCUCGCUGGACAAGGACGACACCACCACCUCGUCCACCCUCAACUCGAACACCACUUCCUCGCUGGCCUCCAAGUACUCGAGUCUGCUCGGCGACAGCGAGUGCAACGGCAUCGGCGGUGGCGUUUGCCUGCUCGGGGGUCUGGGUGGUGGCGUCGAGAGUCCCAUCCUGAACAACCGAUAUCGAACCGAGAAGAAAAUCACUGCCAAGUCUUCCGUCGACUGCGAUGACGACACCCUGGGUGACAGCAGUACCAUGGCCAGCGACACGCCUACGGAUGACCCCGACGGAAGUCCCAGUGCCAACCCGGAUAAGCUGCCCAGCUCAAACUCCAACUCCAAUUGCCACCCCAACCCCAACCCCGCCUCCACCAACAGCUCCUGCCCCUCUUACAACGCCAAUACGAAUAUCAACCCAAAGAUCAACACAAAUACUCAAAGCACGUGCACGUCCAUGCCCAGCGAGUACACCAACAACCAGAACUGCCCCUCCACAAACGCCACAUCGGCCACUCCUAGUGCAACUCCUGCCUUAGUUUCCACCACCGCCUCAGCCACAGCCACAGCCACAGCCACAGCCACAGCCACAGCCAUGCCCCCCAGCACGUGCACGUACUCGUUCACGCAUCUAGCGCCAACAACAACGACUCCAACUGCAACAACUGCAUCUGCAAGCACAGAGCUGUACAAUGGCGACCAUACAUCUACAACUACAACCAACGCGACCUCAACUACAACAACAACAACAACAACAACAACCACAACUGCAACUGCAUCAGCAAACACAUCCGCUAAACUAAAUGUCCAUGCCAAUGCCAUUCCUUCGCAGAACCAGAGUCAGAGUAGCCAGAACAACACUUACACGAUACAGUCGCUCAUCAGCAACAGCAACGUGCGAGUGAAGAUCGCGGAUCUGGGCAACGCAUGCUACGAUUACCAUCACUUCACCGAGGACAUACAGACGCGGCAGUACCGAUCGAUCGAGGUCCUGCUGGGGGCACCCUACAACUAUACCGCCGAUAUCUGGAGCACCGCCUGCCUGGCCUUCGAGCUGGCCACCGGUGACUAUCUGUUCGACCCACACGCUGGCGAGUCCUACAGCCGGGACGAGGACCACUUGGCGCACAUCGUCGAGCUGCUUGGCUCCAUUCCGCAGUCGGUGAUACUGCGGGGCAAGCACGGACUCAAGUACUUCACCAGUUAUGGCAACCUCAGGAACAUCACCAAGCUGAAACCCUGGAGCCUGAUGAACGUGCUCGUGGAGAAGUACGACUGGGACCCGGUGGAAGCCAAGAAGUUCUCCGACUUCCUGCUGCCCAUGUUAGAGUAUAAUCCCGUCAUACGCGCCUCGGCUGCCGAGUGCCUGCAGCAUCCCUGGCUCGAGCAAGAGGAGUUCGUCUAGGAGAGAGCGCUGGAGAGGCAACAUAGGGCAGACUCAUAGACCCAUGAAUAAUGCAUAACAUACGUAUUUCGUACUCAUAUUUCUAGGCUUAAAUUUUAUAUGCGACCCAGUUUGUUAUAAACGAGAAAUUAUAGUUGAUAGCGUUAACAGCGGAAACGGAAA